AUGGUUCUUGCUGCUCGUUGUGGGCAGGCGGCGUCUCUGCUGCGCCAGCGAUGCCUCGCUGAGGCUCGCCCGGCCCUCUCUCUCCGCGCUUUCUCCAACACGGUCCGCACUCCGGCCUCCACUCUGCGCCUGCAGAAGUUCCCUUCUCCGGCUCGCUCCCAGCAGCUGCGCGCUUUCUCCAGUGCUCUGAGCCGUCUCGCUGAGCAGAAGCCCGAUGCCGAGUCCUAUCUUGCGAGCGGUGUUCUCAAGCCCAGCAGCAACCUUGUCGAUGUGAAGAAGGUUCUGGUCAUUGGUAGUGGUGGUCUGAGUAUUGGUCAGGCCGGUGAAUUCGAUUACUCCGGCUCCCAGGCUCUGAAGGCCCUCAAGGAGGCCAACAUCCAUUCGGUUCUGAUCAACCCCAAUAUUGCCACUAUCCAGACCGACCACAAGCUGGCCGAUGAGGUCUAUUACCUUCCCGUCACCCCCGAAUAUGUCACCCACGUCAUCGAGCGCGAGCAGCCCGAUGGUAUCAUGCUAGCCUUCGGUGGUCAGACUGCCCUGAACUUGGGUGUGCAGAUGAACCGCAUGGGUAUCUUCGAGCGCUACGGUGUCCGUGUCCUCGGUACUAGCAUUAAGACCCUGGAGACUAGUGAGGAUCGUGAGCUCUUCUCCCAGGCCCUGAACGAGAUCAACAUCCCCAUCGCCGAGUCCAUCGCCGUUGGCACCGUUGAUGACGCCCUUAAGGCCGCUGAGGAGGUUGGCUACCCCAUUAUCGUCCGUUCCGCCUACGCUCUUGGUGGUCUGGGUUCCGGUUUCGCUGCCAACCCCGAGGAGCUGCGCAACUUGUCUUCCCGCUCUCUGUCUCUCGCUCCCCAGAUUCUGGUUGAGAAGUCCCUCAAGGGCUGGAAGGAGGUUGAGUACGAGGUCGUUCGCGAUGCCUCCAACAACUGUAUCACCGUCUGCAACAUGGAGAACUUCGACCCUCUCGGUAUCCACACCGGUGACAGUAUCGUUGUUGCUCCCAGUCAGACUUUGUCUGACGAGGAGUACCACAUGCUCCGUACUGCUGCCAUUAAGAUCGUCCGUCACCUGGGCGUUGUCGGCGAGUGUAAUGUCCAGUACGCUCUGCAGCCCGAUGGUCUCGACUACCGUGUCAUUGAGGUGAACGCUCGUCUCUCUCGUUCGUCUGCCCUGGCCUCUAAGGCUACCGGUUACCCUCUGGCCUACACUGCUGCCAAGAUCGGUCUCGGCCACACCCUGCCCGAGCUUCCCAACGCUGUCACCAAGACCACCACCGCCAACUUCGAGCCUUCCCUUGACUACAUUGUCACUAAGAUUCCCCGCUGGGAUUUGAGCAAGUUCCAGCACGUCAACCGCGACAUCGGCAGUGCCAUGAAGUCUGUUGGUGAGGUUAUGGCUAUUGGUCGUACCUUCGAGGAGUCCCUUCAGAAGGCUAUCCGCCAGGUUGACCCCAAGUACCUUGGUCUCCAGGGUGAUCACUUCGAGGACCUCGACGAUGUCCUGAAGAACCCCACUGACCGCCGCUGGUUGGCUGUUGGCCAAGCUAUGCUCCACGAGGGUUACACUGUUGACAGGGUUCACGAGCUGAGCAAGAUCGACAAGUGGUUCUUGUACAAGAUCCAGAACAUCGUUGACUGCAACAACGAGCUCAAGGAGAUCGGCAGCCUCUUUGGCAUUAAGCAGGAGACCAUGCUGAAGGCCAAGAAGCUCGGAUUCUCUGACAAGCAGAUCUCUCUUCUCGUCGGUUGCUCCGAGGACGAGGUCCGCGCUCGCCGUAAGUCCUUCGGCAUCACCCCCUGGGUCAAGAAGAUUGAUACCCUGGCUGCUGAGUUCCCUGCGGACACAAACUACUUGUACACUACCUACAACGCCUCCUCGCACGAUGUUACUUUCGAUGACCACGGAACCCUCAUUCUGGGUAGCGGUGUUUACCGUAUUGGUAGCUCUGUGGAGUUCGAUUGGUGUGCUGUGAACGCUACCUUGUCCCUGCGCAACAUGGGCAAGAAGACUGUCAUGAUCAACUACAACCCCGAGACCUACUCCACGGACUUCGAUACCGCUGAUAAGCUGUACUUCGAGGAGUUGAGCUACGAGCGUGUUAUGGAUAUCUACGAGCUUGAGAGCGCCACCGGUGUUGUUGUUUCUGUCGGCGGUCAGCUGCCCCAGAACAUUGCCCUCCGUCUGCAGGAGACUGGCGGUGCCAAGGUCCUUGGUACUGAUCCCCAGGAUAUUGACAAGGCUGAGGACCGUCACAAGUUCUCUCAGAUCCUUGACAGCAUUGGCGUUGACCAGCCUGCCUGGAAGGAGCUGACUUCCGUCUCCGAGGCUGAGCAGUUCGCUGAGACCGUUGGAUAUCCUGUCUUGGUCCGCCCCAGUUACGUCCUGUCUGGCGCUGCCAUGAACGUCAUCUAUGGUGUCGAUGAGCUCAAGGAGAAGCUCCUUAACGCAAGCGCCGUCUCCCCUGACCACCCCGUUGUCAUCACCAAGUUCAUUGAGGGUGCCGAGGAGAUCGAUGUUGACGCUGUCGCCUCCAACGGCGAGCUGCUCCUCCACGCCGUCUCCGAGCACAUUGAGCCCGCUGGUGUCCACUCUGGUGACGCCACUCUUGUCCUGCCUCCUGUUAACCUGCCCGAGUCCAUCAUGGACCGUGUCAAGGAGAUCGCCGAGAAGGUCGCCAAGGCCUGGAACAUCACGGGUCCCUUCAACAUGCAGAUCAUCAAGGCCGACCAGGAGGGUGCCGAGCCCCAGCUCAAGGUCAUCGAGUGCAAUCUGCGUGCCUCGCGUUCCUUCCCCUUCGUCAGCAAGGUCUUGGGUACCAACUUCAUCGACGUUGCCACCAAGGCUCUUGUCGGCCGUGAUGUCCCUAAGCCCGUUGAUCUCAUGAGUGAGAAGCGUGACUACCUCGCUACCAAGGUUCCCCAGUUCUCCUGGACCCGUCUGGCUGGUGCCGACCCCUUCCUCGGUGUUGAGAUGUCCUCCACCGGUGAGAUUGCCUGCUUCGGUAAGGAUCUGGUCGAGGCCUAUUGGGCCUCCCUCCAGUCCACCAUGAACUUCCGCAUGCCUGAGCCUGGUGAGGGUAUCCUUCUCGGCGGCGACAUCAACCAGCCUGCUCUGGCUGCCGUUGUCGACUACUUGAACCCCCUGGGCUACAAGUUCUUCGCUGCCAACCCCGAGAUCAAGAACCACAUCGAGAAGACCUGCAAGGACAAUGUCUCCGUCCAGGUCAUCGAGUUCCCCAAGAAGGAUAAGCGUGCUCUCCGGGAGGUCUUCCAGAAGUACGACAUCCGUGGUGUCUUCAACUUGGCCAAGACCCGUGGCAAGACCCAGCUUGAUGAGGACUAUGUUAUGCGCCGUAAUGCCGUCGACUUCGGCGUUCCCCUCUUCAUGGAGCCCAAGGUAUGUUAUACACUCUCAUGCCAUAUCCACCAAUAUAUGAAGUUCUAA